AUGCCAGCCCAAAACUACAUACACAACCACCUGCGGUCCCACUACAACCACAACCACUGCAACCCCCACUACACCCACAACCACUCACCAACUACAACCAAUGCAGCCCCCACUACAACCACAACCACUGCAGCCCCCACUACAACCACAACCACUGCAGCCUCCACUACAACCACAACCACUGCAGCCCCCACUACUACAACCACAACCACUGCAGCCCCAACUACAACCACAACCACUGCAGCCCCAACUACAACCACUGCAGCCCCAACU